UGUUAGUGCGAGUCACAAUGGAUGCCAUACCUUGUUGUUUAGUGUUAUUUACGCUUCUUUUCGUGACGGGAAUACAAGAAGCUCGAGGCCUGCAGUGUUUUUGCGAGGCUUGUACUGGGAACAAAACUUGCCACACAGAUGGCCUGUGCUUCGCGGGCCUCAUCCGGCACAGCAGCGGGCGCAUCGAGGCCACCAGCGCCAUGUGCCUCGGGGAGGCAGAGCUCAUCCCCAGGGACCGCCCCUUCCUGUGCGCCCCGUCCACCAAGGAGGGCAACGGCGUGUACCCCCACUGCUGCAGCCUGGACAUGUGCAAUAAGGACCCUGUGGACUAUGUCGACUUUCCAGACCCCACCCCCAGGAGUCCGGCGCUAGGGCCCGUGGCUCUGGCGGCGGUGAUCGCGGGGCCUGUCGUCGUGCUGUGCCUCGUGUUGGUGCUAGUGUUCUACGUGUGCCACAGCCGCUCGGUCAUACACCACCGCGUGCCCAGCGAGGAGGACCCCUCCAUGGAGCACCCGUUCCUGGCCGACGGCACCACGCUAAAGGACCUCAUCUACGACAUGACCACCUCAGGCUCCGGCUCAGGCCUGCCGCUGCUGGUGCAGAGGACGAUCGCCAGGACCAUCAUCCUGCAGGAGAGCAUCGGGAAGGGCCGCUUUGGCGAGGUGUGGCGUGGCCGCUGGCGGGGGGAGGAGGUGGCCGUCAAGAUCUUCUCGUCCCGGGAGGAGCGCUCCUGGUUCCGCGAGGCGGAGAUCUACCAGACCGUCAUGCUCCGCCACGAAAACAUCCUGGGAUUCAUCGCCGCAGACAACAAAGAUAAUGGCACUUGGACCCAGCUGUGGCUAGUAUCAGAUUACCACGAGCAUGGUUCCCUGUUUGACUACCUGAAUAGAUACACGGUCACAGUGGAAGGCAUGAUCAAGCUCUCUCUGUCCACCGCCAGUGGCCUGGCUCACCUCCACAUGGAGAUAGUGGGCACUCAGGGUAAGCCUGCCAUUGCCCAUCGUGACCUCAAGUCCAAGAAUAUCCUGGUCAAGAAGAACGGCACGUGCUGUAUCGCCGACCUGGGCCUGGCAGUGCGCCACGACUCUGCCACCGACACCAUUGACAUCGCGCCCAACCACAGAGUGGGCACCAAAAGGUACAUGGCUCCAGAGGUGUUGGAUGACUCUAUAAACAUGAAACACUUUGAGUCCUUCAAGCGGGCCGACAUCUACGCCAUUGGGCUGGUGUUCUGGGAGAUUGCACGGAGGUGCUCCAUAGGAGGCAUCCAUGAGGACUACCAGCUGCCCUACUACGACCUGGUGCAGUCCGACCCCUCCGUGGAGGAGAUGAAGAGAGUGGUGUGUGACCAGAAGCUGCGGCCCAACAUCCCCAAUAGGUGGCAGAGCUGCGAGGCGUUGCGUGUGAUGGCCAAGAUCAUGAGAGAGUGCUGGUAUGCCAACGCGGCCGCGCGUCUCACGGCCCUGCGGAUCAAAAAGUCCCUCUCCCAGCUCAGCCAGCAGGAGGGAAUCAAGAUGUAGAAAGAGAGGGAGAGAGCUCAUGGACCAUUCUCUCUCUCUCUCUCUCUCUUUUGCUCUCUCUCUCUCUCUCUGUCUGUCUAUCUGCCCUCACCCCUUCUCUCUCUAUCUCUCUUUCCCUCUCUGUCUCUCAGCAAUAUCUCAGCCUCUUUUGAUCCGAGAGUCAGUCAGGGCGGAACUCUUCUCUGUUCAAGUAUUUAUUGUCCAUCAGGGUCCAGAGCCCAGUCCAGCUGGGCUUAAGCUUUGAUGCAGCUGUCGAGGGGCGGGAGUGACCAAGCGGCAAGGCCACCUUCAUGAGAAAGCUUGGCGGCCGGCGUGCGCACAAAACCCUCAUGAAGGCGCUGGCGUGGACCCGGCUCUCUGGAGCUACGGCGUGGCGGGAGGGGGUGGGGGGGGGGGGCUGUGGGCCACUCUGUGUGGGCAGGAGAGUGUCCCCUCCACCUCCUCCAUCAGCACCACCGUCUGCCAGGCGCCAGUGGCCUUUUCUACUUCAAGGCCGCGUCACAGCAGCACAGGAAGACGACGGAAGAGUCCGAUAAGCUGAAUGGAAAACGCACAUCACCUCACUCGCCAUCCUCUUUUUUGAUACAUCUCUUGGGUUCAAAACAGCAAUGUACAAAGAGAGACCCGUGCCUCAGCGGACCAGAGGAGAGACAUGAGAGGAAAUAUGGUGUCUUUUCUCAGUCACUGCGUCAGGUACCUACAGCCCCCUGCCCCCCACCUCUGGACUCUGGACGCCCCCUCAAGCCACACAGGGUCCGUUUCAUUCUCGAGUGGCACUUGCAGGCAGGGCCUCGUUCAGUGUCUCUGCGGUCACACCACGUGACAUAUGCAAUAUGUAUGCUCACUGUUUUGUAUAUAUGUAUCCAUACAUGUAGAUAUUCAUUGAGGAAAAAAAAAAACUGCUCGUCAUGGUUUUGUAUGCUGAUGUAUUUAUGCGUACGUACAUAUGGGCAGGUUGACACGGUGUGGUGUGUAUGUGUGUGUGUACAUGCGUACAGCUGUAGAGAUCAUUGAUACCUCUGUAUUUUUUCACAUUUACUGCGGUGUUGUUUGUUUGUGUUGCAAACCAUGACAUGGUGUUCCCACUGUGCUCAUCUGACCUUUGACCUUUUUUGGAUCAUUUUGAUGGUUCGGUGUGAGGACCUCCGAGCUGUUGCGUGUGUGAGUGUGUGUGAGCGACGGUGAGCUCGUGUGGGUGUGUGCGCUGUUACAUUGUCUCUGAAAAUGUUGCCAGAGUGUAGCGCGCUCACCGCGUUUUAGCUGGUCUUUGGUCUGUGACCAAAACAGAGUUGUGUCAAAGUGACAGGUUGAUUGACAGGUUUAUCGGUAGCAGUGAAAGGUGAACUAGCAAGGGAGGUUUUAACAAGCGGUGUGUAGACUAGUUACAGUAUAUUCGUGUCCAUUCAGGACUCGAGUCACCGUAACACUCACAGAAGUAAAGAGCAGUGCUUUUGUGACUUAAUAUUGACCUGACACAUGAGAAUGAAAAUAUCUCAUGUGCUCUCCUUAUGAAGAUGAUAAUAUGUUCAGUAAUAAUUGGCCUUUUUUCUUUGUUGCUUGUCAAAGAUGGCAUUUUGACAUUCACCCAUGCCAUGUUCACGUCAGCAUUUACUGUAACAGCAUUACCUUUUAUAUCUGAAAACAUAAUGAACAUUUGCAUAAUUUAGUCAUGUAGUCCUCUGUCCUUUUUUCAUAUCGUUUCAUGUUUCGUGUGUCCAUGCUGCCUUUUCAUCAUUAGAAAAGCCAAUUUUUAUUUGGCAGAUUACUUUUUCUCAUAUAGCUGUUACAACCCUGAUUAGACCAUUAAGACAGCUGAUCGUCUUUGACAGUGCUGUCUAAAGCAGUAAGGUCUUCACCUAGCUGACCUCUUAAUUGCCAGAGGUCAUCUUCUGUGUGGGUUGAAUCUGUGAAUUAUGAAUAUGUAGCUGCUAUAAUGUGUGACUUUAUGGAUUCCUAAGGUUCAUUAUGGGCAGGCUUACAGCAGGAAGCUUUGCCUCUCUAUUUCAAAAGAGACAAAAAGAGUCUUUUACAGGCAUUGUCAGAUGACGUGUGUGUGUGUGUGUGUGUGUGUGUGUGUGUGUGUGUGUGUGUUGGUUGGUUGGUUGGUUGUGUGUGUGUGUGUGUGUGAGUGAGAGAGAGAGCGAGAGAGAGAGAAUAUGCUAAGAAGAUGAGGUUAUGUCACAUUACGUUUUGAAAGGAAAGCAUUGCAUUGAUGUGCUUUGGGGGAGCUCAGUGCCUCGAAAGUGCCUGAAAUUCUCUCGUGCCAUUUUGCACCAUGCAUACAAUAUGUUUUGUUGGAUUUCAAUAGCUCAAUUACAGUGCAGGGUGCUGGUCCUCCUGGUCUUAUCAAGGCAUUGUCGUACUGUGUUCUGUUGUCGAGUGAUUUUUUUAUUUUUAUUUUUUUAAUGAGGUUUAAGGACAGGAUCAUGCAUUCAUGCUGCUAUGAUAUACGGUGAACCAAAAAAAACAAGCUCCUCUGUUCCAGAGAGGUAAGACCAGGGGCCUGCCUUGCCUACCAAGCAGCUCGUGGAGACUCUCCUUUGAACCUCCACUGACACUUUCUCUCUCCUAUAGCAUCCAUUGCUCUGCUCCUGUGCAGCAUUCCAGAAUCACCAGCAGCCUAUUUUUGCUUUUUCUAAAACUCGAUGGUCAAAAAGCUCCCAUCCAGGUACUCUCCUCUCAGACAUCCAGGUAUUCUUCUACAGCCUCUUAAGCCUCACCAGCUCUGACUGAACCAACCUACACAUCCUCAGCUCAGUAUUGCCUUCUCAUGUGUACACAACCUUUUGUGUAUCUGAGUGUGUGCGUGUGUGUACACACACGCACGCACGCACGUGUGUGCGUCCGACGUGUGUAUGCGCGUGCAUUCGUGUUCAUUGGUAGCCAACGAGUUUUUCCCCGAGUUCUUUCUUGACUGGCGUGGCUUCCCGUGGUGACUCUUCGUGCUGUGUCGCUGUGUUAGCGCUGUUGUCUGGGCGAGUGGUCAGACUGAUGGAGUGGUUUGGCGUCAGCCAGACUGCCAUCGAAAAUGUGUGCUACUGUGCCAUUGUCGGUUACUAAGAUGGCCAUUGCCUUUUGUCACCCUUCUGUGACCCAAACCUAAAUUGCAAUUUACUAAAUGACUAAAUGCAUUAUUGUGUCUGACAUUAUAUUCGGUGGUUAUCAGAGGAGAAGAGGCAUCCUAGUCACUGCCUGGAAUACAUAUGCUUUAAUAUGCAAGGGGGAGAGUUAAAUGAUCAUCUGGAUUUAAGGCAGAUUGAAAUAGAAGUGCCUCUAGCUUUUCUAAGCAUUGUGCAAUCUUUAGUAUAUAAUGUUGUUGUAAUGGUCCUCCUUACAAAGUUCGCCAGUAAACUGACAAAUAACAGAAACAAGUGAUUUAGACAUAGUAUCUGCAUUUUUGGUUGUGCCUCAAAGCAAUUCUUAAUCUAACUGUAAACAUUCCAUAAUUUAGCCCUAGUCUUAAGGAUGCAAGAGACUAACAGUUUUGUUGAUUUGAUAGGAGUAAGUACAGUACAUUCAUACAAAAAAAAAAAUGCAAAAAGGCUUGGACCUGAGCUUGUUCUGACAGGACAUUGCGGAUGCAUAUACAAAAUACCUCUGUUUUUCAUGCAUUCCUGGAUUGAAGGAACAUCCAAUGGAAAAGGUUUGGGUACAGAUAGGGGUUAUGCUGUAACAACUGUUCACAACAUUACCACAGUUGCUUUGCUGCUCAAAGGCCACUGCAUACAGGCUUCUGGAAGAUUUCUCUUUUUGUGCUUAGUGCCUAGUUUCUUCAUGAAGCAUGUUGACCCUUUGGUUAGUUUUCUUUUAAGUGUCUUGUGUUAUGAUGUGAUCAAGAGAGCAUAAUUGUAAUUGAAGAAGUUUGAAGUCUCAAAAUCUUGAAAGCUUAUUUAAUCUCAAAUGAAAACGAUAAGGCGUAAAAAAAAAUACCUCUCUUGUUUAGACCAAUGUUUUUGUUUACCUCAGUGUGUAUAAAGUUUUUAUUGAUUGUUUUAUUUUGUCCUCUAGAUCUGACUAUUCAUGUCUAUGUCAUAUCUACAUUGUUGGGGGGGGGGGUUGAAAUGCACAUACAGUCCGUUGUACUUUUUGGGGGGAUCGGGAAAAUUGAAUUGUAGCAAAGAUGUUGUUCUCUCUUAUUCAUACCCUUGCAGUAUUUGAUGGUUUGCAUAUGAAAGAAUGUUGAUUUUUCUCUCAGUUGAUGUCCUUGUUCUUAGAGCAGAACAGAGCCUUGUUUAAUGGGUCAUUCUCCAUUGGUCAAAAGGAUGGUUAUUCUCUGACCUAUUCUAAGGUCACCCUCUAUCCUUAGCUUACAGUGUUUUGUUUGUUUUGUAAAGUGCACAAAGGAAGGAAUGUUCAAUGUGGGAAGCUAGAAGCCAGUUGAUUAUGUAUGGUUCCAACUAACAUUAGCAAGGUAGAACGUUAUGUUAAUAAAUUAUGUUAAUAAAUCUUUACUGUUGAA